AUGGUACUGAAAUCGCCCCGGUGGUCCACAUACUCCUACGUGCUUUUCAUGUGCACCCGGCACCCGAUGCUGGUUCACCUUCUACUCGCUUUUUCCAUUCGAGAUAUGGCCGAGGGCAGUGGCGGGGAUGGAACCACUGCCGCUCUCGAGCACUAUCAGGACGCCCUGGCGCUGUUCAUUUGGCAUCUCGGGCACCCGGACGUGCAGUCGUGGGUCACGUUUCCAGCUCUUUGGCUGUUUAUCCUCUACGAGCAGACCUACGGGGAUGACCCGACAGUACUACAAGCGCACCUCCGCGGCCUUUGCGACAUGAUUCGCUGCGAUGGGAGUAGCAUUCUUUCGCUGUCGGAAGACAACCCUACUCGGAAUACGCGCAAUCGAGCACAGAAUAACCAUGGGGUUCCUCGCGAAUUCCUCAAUCGCAUGGCACUCUGGACGGUCCACUAUGAUGCGAGGGCGUCAACAUUCAGCCUCGAUGGGGGCAUCAUUGACCUGCUUAAUGACAAGUACCCCGGGUCAAUCACCGCCAUGUGCGAGGCCUCUAAGAAUGCACUGAGGGUCGCGUGGGGCCCGGAGUAUCCUGCCGCGGAAGAUAUUUGGGACUCCCAGAUCGACCCGCUCUGGACACUGGAUCAUAGGAGUACCAUGCUGCGAUUCAAGCUGUCGAGGCUAGAGCGCGCAGGAGGAGGCGACAACUCGAGCGCUUUGCGGCAGUUUGGCGCGGAGCUGAAAUCGUUGGAAAUCGACUUCUUGCCUUUCAUCCCCCUUGCGAGCUCGCGAGCUCUCGAGCGAAGCACCCAGCUAUCCAACACCUGCGCGGCCGUAGCCAAUUUCCUCGCCCUCGUCGUCCUCUAUGACCGGCUCAUGUAUGAUAUUCAGUCGCCAGCUGUCUCAUCCGUUCUCUUGAUCAUCGCCAGUCUGCACGAGUACGAGGGCGAUCCCUACUUAUGGCACGUAGCCUGGGCCCUGUUCGUAGUGGCGUUCGAGACCAAUGACCCGAUCCACCAGGCGUGGAUCCUCGAGCGGUUUACCAAAAUGCAGAAGAAUGGGCGACAUAUGGGGCGCGCGAGGUGGUUGCUGGAGAGUCUGUUCUGGGAGAAGCGGAGGAGCGGGGAAAGGGUGCGUUAUUCAGACUGGAUCCACGACGGGCGAUUUCCACACUUUCUUAUUUGA